GAAAUUGUAUAGUAUUUACUGCACGUAUGACCACAAAUUAUUAUAUAACUAGCCUGUGAACGAUCCAACACGGUCGAACCAAUACGUUCCGGCAAAACAGAUAUUUUUGACAAUAUAAAUUAAAUUCCUCUGUGGAAUCGUGAAAUCGUUGAUCUUUUGGCUUGUCAUGCUGACGAUCAAUUUACAAUUUAAACCAGAACUUCGUCCACGGAAAAAUAGUAGCGACACAUAAAAGAAAUUGAAAAUAGUGAAAGUAGAACGAGGAAACUGCGGCCGGAGGGGAAAUCGGGGCACGAAAAAGGCACAGGUGUACAGGCUAGGUUUAGUCGCUGGGGAGGCACAACGUUCGCACGAACCACACAUAAACGAGUCUAUUUUACACGAUCAGAAUGACAGACGUAAAAGCGGAACAUGUCCUUCAUAGCGGCAUUUUUCAUCCUACUCUGAGACAAUGGCAAUCGCCGAACGUGGAAAUCACAGUGAACAAUCUUAUGUACCCAAUCUUCGUCACAGAUGAAGCCAAUGCUAAGGAAACAAUUGCUAGUAUGCCAGGUGUCUUUCGGUACGGCGUCGAUCAUUUGCGAAAAAUGUUACAACCAUUGGUCUCAAAAGGACUGCAGUCGAUACUUCUGUUUGGAGUAUCAAAACACUUGAAAAAGGAUUACGUUGGAAGUAACGCGGACAGUGCAGAAAAUCCGAUUAUGCAAGCUGUACCAUUAAUAAGACAAUGGUUCCCGGAGUUACUGAUAGCAUGCGACGUUUGUUUGUGCCCUUACACUAUUCAUGGGCAUUGUGGAGUUUUAAACGACGAUGGUACUUUGAACAAUAGAGCUAGCAUCGAACGAAUUUCAGAGAUCGCUCUUGCUUACGCUAAGGCUGGUGCUCAGAUCUUGGCUCCUUCCGAUAUGAUGGAUGGAAGGAUAGGCGCGAUAAAAGAAAAAUUGGCAGCGAACGGAUUACUGAACAAGGUCGCAGUUUUAUCUUACGCCGUGAAGUUUGCAUCGGGGUUUUACGGACCCUUCAGAGACGCCUCUCAAUCGGCACCCAAGUUCGGCGACAGGAAAUGUUACCAAUUACCUCCCGGAAGCAACGGGUUGGCUGCUAGGGCAGCUGCCAGAGACGUAGCCGAGGGGGCUGAUAUGCUCAUGGUGAAACCAGGCUUGCCUUACCUGGACGUUGUCAGGCAGACGAAGGAUGCUCACCCAGAGUAUCCAAUGUUCGUGUAUCAAGUAUCGGGGGAGUAUGCCAUGCUCUAUCAUGGUGCGCAAAACGGUGCGAUACACUUGGAGAACGUCUUAAAGGAAGUUCUUCUGUCAAUGAGGAGAGCGGGUGCUGAUUGUAUUAUAACGUACUUCACACCUUUGAUCUUAGACAUGUUACAUCCGAAAAGUAAAUACUAGCAGCAUUCUCGAUACGAUUAAGUGUAAUAGUCUGUUCACAAUUAAAGCGGUAUCUGGUGCGACGAA